UUGAAGUAGCACGUGGUGAGUUGACACGUUCGGGCAACCGUUUGGUUGAGUGGAAGCGCGUGACAGGUCCGGACCCGAGUGGUUCCUCUCUCCGUUCACAACAGUUUUGUUUGGUUGUCCUCCUCCAUUUUCACCCCCUUUUAAGUCAUAUCAUAACCCCUUCAAAUUCCUCCAAACCCUAUCUCUCCCUCUCUUCACCUUCAUUUCGUGCCGACCUUCGGCUUAGGGCAUUGUUUGUGAAGAAUUGUAUCUUGGAACGGGAAUAGUGUACCAGGAUGAGCUCGCGGACAAAUAAAGGGGUUGCUCUUGCUGUGAGAAGUUACCGGCGGAGAAAGGCAGAUUUGGACCUUGAUCUUAACCGUGUGCCGACUGGUGAGAAUCGUGAGCAGGAGGGACCUUCGAAUCAGUCGGGGCCUCAGGAAGCUCAGGUUCAACAGCAGCCGCAGGUUCCUCAACCUCCCUUGAUUGACGUGGAAGCUAUUGAUGAUGAUGUUGUUGAAUGUACCCCAACUGCUUUUGCUGAGGCUAAAAACUAUUCAAGAAGAAAUCGUGGGAGGACUAUCGUUGAUGUUGAUUCAGAAGAUCCGACUAGGGUAGCUGACAAUAAUCAAAACAAACGCAGAAGACAAUCGAAUCCAACAAUUAUUAUUUGUGAUGAAUAUAUAAAUUUGGAAGGUGGUGGCAGUUCUAUGAAAAAGCCACCUGAACCACCAAAGGAGCCUGUCUUCAACUGUCCGAUAUGUAUAGGUCCUUUGGUAGAAGAAACUUCGACAAGGUGUGGUCAUAUUUUUUGCAAGAAUUGCAUCAAGUCUGCUAUAAGUGCUCAGGGUAAAUGCCCUACCUGUAGAAAAAAGAUCGUAGUGAAAGAACUUAUAAGGGUGUUUCUCCCAUCAACUAGUUGAAGGUUUUCCGUCAGGAAAAUGGGGAAUGGAAGAAGCAUCAUUGCACUUUGGACAUUCCUGGGUGACUGUGUUGUUUCUAAUAUAUAUUCCCUAUAGCAGAUGCUUAAUCUGUUGUUUAAUAGCUGUUUCUCUUAUUUAUCACAUUAAUACAUGAAAAUGCUUGGUAGAUAUAAUUCCUUGCUCAUGUUUUUUUGAGCUUUCAUGUUGUGAAACAAAAUUGUUUCUUUUUGAGUGGGGAUUUAUGUAAUCACUCACAAAUUUACUGAUAGGAUUCCUUUGCUCCGAUCUUAGUGGCUUAGAGCAGCAGGUUGCGGUUAUGGAUAGCCAUCUGAUUUGGCAACUGUUUGCAGUACAUUAGUUACAGUUUAAGUGAUACUCGUUUGCUAGUUGAAA